CCCAAAAAAAAAAACUAAACAUAAACUUAAAAAACCAAAAAAAAAAUAGAAAUCCUUCUAAUAUUGUUUACCCAUCUGAUAAGAAAAUGGCUAGGUUUCCUAUAGAGAUAUGUCUGAUGUUGAUACUAGUAGCAUCAAGUACCAUAUACGAAGCGCAAGGGACGUUCUUAUUAAGGCAUUACAUGAGGAAGUUUCCUAAAAUGUCCCAAGAUUUUGAGCCUUUCGCUUACAAGGGUAUGCUUAGUUUUGUGGACAACCUUGAGAGUAUGUGUCCAUUAAAAGGAGAGUACAAGGACUUCUUCUCAAAGCUGAAGGCUUUCAUAUCCUUUAUAAACACCGCAAAAGGGUCGUCUUCGGAGUUCCAGUCUCAAAUGAAAUCACAAUCUGAGGGUCUCUUCAAGGCAAUCUCUGCUUUAGGUGUCAAAGGAGGAUCAUCGGCGGAUACGAGCAAAUUGAUCGAGAGUUUGAUGUCAAUGGGAAAAACUUUUGCUGAAUUUAAGAGGAGCGGUGCAACAACGAUGACCAGUGAGCAAAGAAGAGAGCUGGUCAUAUCUAUGUCAAAAUGGGCACAAGUGAUUGGUCAAUUUGUGAAAACCGUUGGCGAGAAGAGUGGUGAUGGCGGAAAUAUUGAUCUUUCAUCUAUUCUUGGCAUUGGAGGCUCUGGUGGUGACAAUGGAAGUCCAAGCUCUGAUACCAGUUUCCCCUCGACCGACGCUGGGACUCCUACCAACAGUGGAAGCUAUCCUGACAGCACCGGUGACAGUGGAACCUCAGCUGGUGGACCGAGUGGAAGUACAACUGAUUCAGGAGAUGGAAGUAUGGGUGAUACGGGUAGUGGAAGCACUGCUGGUGGCCCAAGUGGAAGUACAACUGAUAGUUUAAUGGGUGCCGGAGGUGGAGCUGCUGCCGAUGGCGAAAACGGUCGAACUGCUGCCGGUGGCGAAAACGGUGGAGCUGCUGCUGGUGACGAAAGCGGUGGAGCUGCUGCCGAUGGCGAAAGCCGUGAAGCUGCUGCGGGUGUCGAAAGCGGUGGAGCUGCUGCGGGUGGCGAAAACGGUGGAGCUGCUGCCGAUGACGAAAGCGGUGGAGCUGCUGCCGAUGGCGAAAGCGGUGAAGCUGCUGCGGGUGUCGAAAGCGGUAGAGCUGCUGCGGGUGGCGAAAACGGUGGAGCUGCUGCCGAUGGCGAAAGCGGUGAAGCUGCUGCCGAUGGCGAAAGCGGUGGAGCUGCUGCCGAUGGCGAAAGCGGUGAAGCUGCUGCUGGUGGAUCAACUCAACGUACUGAAAGUGGUGGAGCAAAUUCAAUGGGUGGCGCAACUCAACGUACUGAAAGUGGUGGAAGCGCUGCUGUCGGUGGUGAGAGUGAAACUGAAAGUUCAAUGAUUGGUGGAGGUGCCUACAUAGAUUCUACAGGUGGAAGUCCUGCCAGUAGCCCCUCUGCUGGUGGCCCGAGUGGAAGUACAACUAAAAAUUCGAUGGAAGGUGUUGCGGGUGGCAGUGCAACUGUUACAAGUUAUCAAGCUGCCAACUACCAAAAGACACACUCAAAAUCGUCAGGCAAAAGCUCCUUUAGCCAUUCUUUAGAGGAGAAAAACUCUGGAGGUACCAAUGCUGACUCGUAGAUUCAGACCCGUAGAAGUCAAAAAUUUAUUAAUACUAUAUUAUUUCAAUAAAGAGAUGGCCCUGCUUAGUACAGCGAGCUGUAGAAUGUUUUGUCGUAAGUCUAUUAAUUACAGACACUCAAUACUAGAGAAAUUACAAACAUGCGUAAACUGCAUGGAUAUCAAAUUAA